UCCAUGGUAGAGUACAGAAAGAGAGAGAGAGGGGUUGGUGUUGCUUCCCACGUCACCACUGAAGCCUUCAUUUUCGGAUUUUUGGAGAACGUGAGCGCCAAGAUCGGCCUUCCAUUCUUCUCCGAUUUCCCUUGCCACUUCCCCUCCUUCCCUAUCCCUCUUUCCAAAUUAACCAACCAACGAUUCAGUCCUCCCUCCCUUCGCAACGCUUUCGCUUCAUUCCAGUUCCUAAAUUUUGUAGAGAAAAUGGUAGAAUAUCAUUUUAGGGUGUUUCGACAUAACGGCAUUUGUGAAAAAGGCUUGUGGAGACCUCCAAUAACAAAGUGGUUCAGAUGGAAGGUAACUGAACAAUGAGCAGUAGAGGGAGACCUAGAAAAGGCCAUAGGUUCAGUUUGUAAAUGGCUAAAGUUGGUAAGACACGGUCCAAGUCCCAGUCUCAAGGUCGCAAGGAAACCCCAUAUAAUUUAUCUUGUGCACAAAAGAAUAUGAAAGAUGUUCAUGGAAAGAAGAGCUCCACCAAAUCAUCAGAGAAGAAGGAUUGGGAAGAUGCAACUUGCUCUGUGUGUAUGGAGGUCCCACACAAUGCGAUUCUUCUUCUUUGUUCAUCAUAUAACAAAGGUUGUCGCCCUUACAUGUGUGCUACUAGUCAUCGAUAUUCAAACUGUUUUGAGCAGUACAAGAAGGCCUACACAAAAGCAACUUCUGUUCAAAGUAUGCAGCUAGCAAUAGACAAUUCAAAUUUUGACUUAAGCGCAGGUGAACCUGAUGACAAUAGAGAAGUGCCUGAGCUUCUUUGCCCCCUUUGCCGCAGACAGGUGAAAGGUUGGACAGUGGUUGAAGCGGCUCGAGAGUCUCUGAAUGCCAAGAAAAGAAGUUGCAUGCAGGAUGAUUGCUCUUUCGUAGGGAAUUACAAGGAGCUCAGGAGGCAUGUUAAGUCUAAGCAUCCAUUUUCUCGACCAAGAGAGGUGGACCCUGUUCGAGAAGAAAAAUGGAAGAGGCUAGAGUGUGAAAGAGAACGGAAUGAUGUGAUCAGCACAAUUCUAUCUUCAACACCAGGUGCUAUGGUAUUGGGGGAUUAUGUGCUUGAGCCGAAUGAUCAUGCCUUUUAUAGUGAUGAGUAUGAUUCUGAAGAGGAAUAUUUGGAGGACGAUUUCUUCUCCAUGAGGCCAUUUGGUCUGGGGAGAAAUAGCCACAUUUUCUCCAACAUUAGGUACAAUCAGGACCGCGCUGCUGUUUCUUUCAAUGUUGAUCAUUUUGGUUUGCACAAUGUUGCACCUGCAGCUUCUGCUGCUGUCUCUGGACGAGGAAUCCACAGGCUACUGUUAGGGAGGUCUAGAAGACGACGGAGGCAUAGGAUGCCAAAUGCAGGCAGGUAAAUUCGGAGAUGAACUACAUAGAUAUGGGGAGUAAGCUUCGCUUCUGCAUUAGUGUGCCAGAUACCUUGGCAUGGCUUGUUUUGUUGCUAUGCCAAACGAUUUUUAUUAUUUAAUUAGCAGAGUAUAGCAGUUGAGACCCCGUUCUGGUUAUAUUACUAUCUCAUCUGUCAACUGAUAUUUGCAUC